AUGUCUUCCUUUCUUUCUUUCUUUCUUUCUUUCUUUCUUUCUUUCUUUCUUUGUAUUUAUAUAGAACAGUUUUCUCUUCAAAUUUUUUUUUCUGUUUUUUUCUGCUUUUUAUUCUUUUUUUUUUCAUUUCUUCUGCAUUCUCUCUUGCUCCUUUCCACUUUUUCUUUAUACUCUUUUUUUUUCUUCUUCUUUCGUUUUAUCUCUUUUUUUUCUCACUGUUGCUUUAUUCUGUCGUUUACCUUUUCUCUCCUUUCUUUUAUUGUCUUUCUCAUUCUUUAUUUUAUUUUAUUUUUCGCUCUUUUUAUUCUUCUGUUUCGUCAUUUUCUCUUUUUCGUUUUCCUCUUUCUUAUUCCCCUUUCUUCUCCCCGUUUCAUUAUUCUCUCUUUUCAUUUUCGUUUUUUCUAUCUUUUUGUACUUCUCAGUUUUAAUUCUUUCUUUUUCUUUUUUUCUCUCUUUUCUUCCCGCCAUUUUUUUUUUCUUCUCGUUCAAUCUUUAUUCCAUCUUUCACCUUCGUUCUCCUUUGCUUGUUCGCUUAGGUUCGUGUAUUUUUUUCUUUUCCUUUCUUUCCCAUUUAUCUUUUGUCUUUUCUUUCCUUUUCCUAAUCUUUCUUGCUUUUCUCUCUUUUUAUUCCUAUAUCUUUUUACAAUUAUUUCAGCUCCUCUUGAACUAUACUUGUUAUUCUUUCUUUCCCUUUUUCCUUCUUUAAUUCUUUCUUUCUUUUUACUUUCUUUCUGUUCUAUUUUGCACUUCAUUCUUUCUUUAUUUAGUAAUCAAUACAUUCCUUUAUUUAUAUUCUUUUUUCUUUCAUUAUAUUUUCUUUCUUUCUUUCUUUUUUCUUUAUGUCCUUUUUGUACUUCAUUAUCCUUCUUCCUUUCUUUAUUCAUUCAUGCUUUCAUUUAUUUAUUUAUAUUCCUUUUCCAUUCAUUCUAUUUUCUUAAAAUAUUUCUUCAAUAUUUCUUUCUUUUUUCUUUCUCUUCUUCGUUUCAUUAUCUCUCAUUCGUUCUUUCUUUCUUCAUUAAUUAA